AUGAAAUAUUGGAGCGGUCUUCAACCCUUGACUGAAGAGAAUUCUUCUGGAGUGAGCCAACAGGAUAUAAACAGUACCACGUUUGCUUCUCAGGUCAUCGUCGCAUCAUAUUCGACGCUAUUUUACAUGGUGCUUCUUAUUUUGAGCAUACUCGGCAUCUAUUAUAAGCCGUGCCUCAAGAUCUUUACAUCUCAAGCUAACUUAAUGCUCUUUCUUAUCGGGGUUCUGCUGGUUUUUUUGAACAUAUUUGCAGUUGAAGACCAACUCGAGGUCAAGACCUACUUCCGUGUCGCCACAGGCUUUAUCAUUGGAAUAGCAUUCACGAUCUCUGGUGCAUUCCUCUUCUUUACAAAAGCAGAUGAUAAUAACAAUCAUUGUACCCUUGAGCGACAGCAGCCUUCAAUGGGACUCGUGGUUGCAACAAUAACGAUUCCACUUAUCAUCGCUGAAGUUUUUCUGAUUGCUUCAACUUUCGGUUCAGAGAAACUGCAAGACCUAUUCCCCAGGCGAUAUGAUUGGGUCCUUACUAUUUCAGACAAGUUAACUUUCCUUAUUCAGAAGAUUGUCCAAGCGAUCGUUUACAUUAUUCUCAGAUAUAAAGUAACUUCUCAGCACCACAGAGAAAGUGCGCGGUUUUAUUUUCAAAUACUAUCUUUUUUUAACUUCAUCGAAUGGGUAGAUUCGCAAGUUAAUGAGAACAAUGAUGUAAAGCUAAGUGGAUCCAAAGAGAUCUACGGUCCCUGGUUUGACGUAUUUGCAAUGUUUUACAAGGCUCUGAUUAUAGACUACCGCCUUUUGUGCUCGUUACUUUUCCUUGAGCAUUCAUUAGAUGGCCAGGCUGAGGGAAAUGAUUCCACCACGAGAAGAGAUUUAACUUUAUCAGAGCGAAAAUUGCAGAGCCUAGGAUUUAUGAUCGGCUUCACCAGCUUGUCUGCACCGAUUUGCUGCGCCCUCUAUUAUGUACCUAGGCUUCAAAUCCCUCCAUGGGUUCACGCAUUCGCAGUUCUUGUAAACGUGGAAAUCAUUGUUUUUGGAACGCUUUUUCUCUGGAACAAUAAUUUGGUAUCGGAGGAACAGAACAAAGGUUCAUAUGGAGUCAAAAUUAUGGUAGUAAUGUAAUAAAAACGCACUACAGUACAAUUUAGAGCUUUGUAUGUUAUCAAAAAGCACUCAAGCGUCUCCCACGAACCGUCACGCACGCAUCCAGUCUUGAACGCACGCGACCCGAUUCAUUAUUUGAUCCAUUUGGUAAUUAUAUUUUAUUGCCUGCCAGCAAGCUUUCCAUUUUGAACGAUCUCCCGCGGCUUGCUUCGUUCACCAAUGGAAAUGGAGAGUUUGUUCUCUCUCAUAUUCGAGCGCUUAGCCAGACGAAGGGCAUGACGGGGGAUAAAGACAUUGCGAUCCGUCGGGUGUGUGUCCAAUUGUUAGCAGACGUUCUUCAUGAGGUCACGAGUCACUCGCGCCAGUGUGAUUAUACUGCGCCACUUUUGAAGUUCAAGAUAGAACGCGAGAUUCUUGUACUCGAAAGUUCGCGUUUUGGUAAGAAUUAUUGCUAAUUUCCGAUGUUGUGUUUAAAUUGUUGGCCUAAAACCGAGGAAAAUACUUCCGCUAUAUUCAUUCGGCGUUUUCAGCGAUGUAAACAUCAGGGCCCAGUUGUUCGAAGGCCUAUUAGCGCGUAACUCAGGGUUAAAUUUAACCCGGGUUACAUUUUCUUUUGUUCAAAAGCAUUUUCUCGGGUAUUAUUCUCCGUUAUUUUUAAGAGCAUCCAAUCAUCAACUUGUUGACAAAAAGAAUUAAACUGAGUUCACUUUUUAAGCUUUCAUAUUUGAAUUCACAUUUCACACUAACUCAGGGUUGUCUUAACCCAGCUUUCAACAACCCGGCCCAGGUAAACAGUCUAACUUUAUUUUUGGACUCGAAAGGUUGACCCGGCUAGCUAUAGCAGGUUACAGAACUAAAAGAUGGCAAAAUUUACGGGAUUUACGUAAGCUUUACUCAAUUUCUAGUCCAUGCCAAUCAUCAUCAAGUGAACUCACAUCUUAUUUAAGAGAGCUUUAUCUUCUAGUAACUUUGAACGGCCGAUCAUUUCGACUGCAUGGACUGUUAUUUUCAUUUUGUUUACAAUGAAAAAUAUUUAAAGGCUUAAAUGAAAAUAUUAUGACUGCGUGUUUUUGUGCAUUGUGCAUCGGUUUGUCUUUGUGUAUAAGCUUAACCUGAAAACGUUUUCUAGCGAGAGAUCUGUGAUAUUUGGUGCAAUCGACUUUGUCAAUGAAUAGCAAACUAAAACUUAUUUUUGGUUAAUGAAACUGCAAAUAAAAUUGACCGCUAUCUAGCCUGCGUAGCAUGGCGGUUUUGUCGAGCUGAUUGAUUUGUGUCUACACAAUCAAAUAGUACACGACAGCAUUUCAAGAUUGGCGUAUAAAUGUGAAAGAUAAGAAUGAGAGCCAACAAUCUUUCUGAAAUUCGAAAUGCUAUAAGUGAAGACAUUUCAAAUAGCAAAAGUAAACACAGACAAGAAGUCCGUGACUUGCGUUAUACCAAAAACCGUUCAUUGCUUAAUCUUCGCUUUUCGCGCCACAAACGCCGUACUCGGUCCAGACCGGGCGCAACCUUCCAGACGUCCGUGACCUCGAUUAAGAACGUCCGCUGCUUAAGCUCUCUAUUAAGGUCUUUCACAAAGCUUGCGGAUAUUUGAAGAAAAUUUGUUUUUUGUUAUGCCUUCAAGAAGAGCCACAAUAAUGGAGAAACCGAGCUGUCAACAGCUACAAACCUAACUUUGUUGAGUUAUAUCGGUCUCUUCCUUAAAUAUGUCUUGCAGAGCUCAAUUUUUGCGUGGUACGACCAGCCUUGCACCACCCUGAGUGCCAGAGACUUUUCAUGCGCGGAUUUCGGUUUCGGUUAAGUCUCCGCCUUCGGCCGAAGACCUUUCGCACGCGAGAAAAAAACCUCUGGUAGUCAGGGUAACCUUGCACAUAAAUGUUCUCACAAAAAACCUCGCCCUAGCUAAGUAGGGGUUGGUGAAAAUAAUUUGCCACGCGCUGACGUUUCUCUUGUUAACGUUCUUGAUAGAAAAAAAAUUCACAUUUAUCCAUCACAUCGUUUCUGACAGGUCUCUUGCCUAGGUGCGGUCGGAUUCGCUUGUUGGAUGAUGAAGGCAACAAUCGUUGCUUACUGGGCAUGGGCUAGAACCGACAUCAGUAGCCCAAGUUCUUACUUUGCCUGGGAUGCAGCAAAGUUUAGCAUUCGUGGAAUCGCCGCAGCUUUUUUGGUGGGUCUGUUCCUCAAGGUGGAUGCUCGAACCGUACCGAUGGGAAAUCUCAAUGUCGCAAUGAAUCAUUUUCUGGUGCCGACUGUGAUGCUGACCAUUUUUGGCACGUUUGUGGAAGCCCUGAUUGAUCAGUAUGUUGGACCGAUCGAUAGAAAACUCAGGUUGGCAAAAGGAUCAAUUUACAACUAUUUCUAAUGCUUUUAGUUUGUAAAUCUAGACAAUGACAAUUCCCAGAACAAAUAAAACUCAGCUGAACAUUACUUAACUCUAGAAACUUUUUUUAUCUUAACUAGCAUCAGGAUGUUUUUCCGUUUUAGGAGUCAGGGGUUAAGGAAGCCGGAGGUUAAAAGGUUGAGUUGACUGAAAAUAGUUUUUCCUUUUUUAGGGAAGAAGUCAAGGAAUUGAGUCUCAACAUUUUGUUUGACGCUGGUCCGCCCAUGUAUCUUGGAUUUCUGAUUCACGUGUUUUUACACUUUGUCAUCAUUCAGACAAAGAUUGGUCAGCAGCUUCGUGCCUACGGCCCUUUACAACAGUUAUAA